AUGGUGAAUUCCAGAGGUUGUCUCAAGAGCCCACACUGCAGGGUCUUACCAGGAUCUCACCACACUGCAUGUCACACUGCCCGUCUGGUGUCUGUAGCAGUAUCGCUCUCCUCUCCCCUGCUGCCCACUCCCUUCUAAGAUACGUCAAGCGGUAAGCGUCGCUGGGUUUCAUACAUUCCAAAUAUAGGGCAGACUGCUAGUAGAGAUUACAGGCCAUAUUUGAAGCUUAGUUUCUGCCUUUUUUUUUUUUUCAGAGGGCGAAGGCCGUUGUGGAGAGUGCUUUGGUACAGACUAAAACACUGUUGUCUGCUUAGUCUCUCAACAUCUCAGAUCCGGACUCUGCGUCUCAUUAACGUCUUGCUGCCUCGUCCUAAUAGCGCGCGAAAGUGCGUGCAUGC